CAACCCCUUUUAGGCCCAAGUAAAAUCCAUUGAUAAAAUCCCUAUACUUUUUUGAUUUAGGGUUUCUUAUUUGUCGACAGACAGCGAGAAGCCGCCUUUGCAGUGCGAGCAGAAGAAGCGCAAAAGAAGAAAUGGCGAGAAUCAAGGUCCAUGAGUUGAGACAGAAAUCAAAAACCGAGCUUUUAGCUCAGUUGAAAGAUCUCAAAUCUGAACUUGCUGGUCUUCGCGUUGCUAAAGUUACCGGCGGUGCACCUAACAAGCUUUCCAAGAUAAAGGUGGUGAGAUUGUCAAUUGCUCAGGUGUUGACAGUGGUCUCACAGAAGCAGAAGGCUGCACUGAGGGAGGCAUAUAAGAAGAAAAAGUUCUUGCCCCUUGAUCUGCGUCCCAAGAAGACCAGAGCCAUAAGGAGAAGGCUUACCAAGCACCAGGCAUCAUUAAAGACUGAAAGGGAGAAGAAGAAGGAAAUGUACUUCCCAAUGAGGAAGUAUGCCAUUAAAGUGUAGGUUAAGAUCUUUCAGACAGUGUCAUAUUUGUGAAACCCGAGUUGCGAUUUUGUUCGAUUUUUAUGUUUGUGAACUUUUCUUGUCAAACAAAGAUGUUGAUCUUUUUGAUGUAGUGAUAAUUAAACGAGGGAUUUUUGCAUUUGUUGAUGAGGUGAUGAAUGUUAGGUUGAGGUAAGGAAUGAAAUCACAUUAGCUUGAGAAGCCUAUAUGCUCCCAAUCCAGUAAUGAUUGA